AUGGCUGUAAGUGAUGAAAGAAUGACAAUUGUUUAUUACAAGUCUGGUGGCAAGUGGAUAAUGAAUGCAAGUGGAGAAUAUGAAUGGGAAGGAAAAGUUAAAGAUGCCAAGGGUGUGAUAUUCCUUUUUCCUCCGACAGAUUUGACAUACAGACAUCUGGUUGAGGAGUUACAUUCUGAUAUGAAUGUGGACAAAGGAAAAGCAAAUAUUCAGCUAAUAUUCAAUUUUAGUGAUGGAUUGAAUAUAAGUAUUGGCUAUGAGUUUGAUAAUAAGGCAGCAGCUCAGGAAUAUGUACGGAAAGGCGCUGUUAAAGCUUGUUUCGGUUUUUCUACAGUGAAGUCUGACAAGAAGUUGUGGGAAUUAAGAUGCAAGUUUUAUAGAUCGGGUUGUGCUUGGAAAUUACGCAUUGCAGCGAUUCAGAAUUCCGAACGUUUCAGUGUAAGAUCAUAUAAUCCCGUUCAUAGUUGCAGACCUGUAUCCGAAUCCAAAAAAGCUGUGCAAGGUUCAGCGAAGUUGGUUAGAGAUUACUUAAAGGAAGAGUAUGCUGGUAAGCUUGAAACUCCCACAGCAAAAGAGAUAGUAGAACGGGUGAAAGUCAAGUACGGUGCGAGUGUAUCGUAUAUGAUGGCAUUGAGAGGGAAAUAUAGUGCUGAAUAUGAGAUCCGUGGUAGUCAUGAUGAACAUUAUAGUAGGCUUCCUGGUUGGUUGCACAUGUUGACGGAAAGGAAUUCUGGGACUAUAGCGGGUCUUCAGUUUGAAGAUGAUAAAAAAACUUUCAAAUACCUCUUCAUCGCCUUGGGUGCAACUAUCAAAAGAUGGAAGUAUAUGCGUAAAGUGGUUGCUGUUGAUGCAACAUUUCUGACGAGCCAAUAUAAGGGAGCAUUGAUUGUGGCAACCGCCCAAGAUGGUGAUCAUCACCAAUAUCCUUUAGCGUGGGGAGUGAUAGAUAGAGAGAAUGAUGCUUCAUGGUUGUGGUUUAUGACAAGAUUAAGCGAAGUAAUACCGGAUGGUCCUGAUGUAGUUGUGCUAUCUGAUCGACACAAAAGCAUAAUCAAAGCUGCGAGAGAAGUAUACAAGCAUGCGCAACACGGCUUUUGUGUGAGACACAUAGCGCAGAAUUUAAAAGUGCACGUUAAUAGAGGCAGUAGAAGAAAGAGUUCAAAUGGUGAGACCGUCUCUAAAUUGUUCUUUAAAUGUGCAGCAGCCUACACGAUUGAUGAGUUUGAAUACCUAUACGAUGAUCUAAAAAGCAGAUAUCCCAAAGUGGCUGAGUACAUGCAAAAGGAAGAACUUGCACCUGAGAAUUGGGCAAGGUGUAAAUUUAAGAGUGAAAGGUACAACAUGUUAACAACCAAUGGGGCCGAAUCGAUCAACUCCGUACUGAAGAAGGCAAAAAAGUAUCCAUUGCUAAGUCUACUUGAUAUUUGUCUCGGAAAGACAGUUGAAUGGUUUAACAGGCACAGGUUAGAAGCAGGUAGUUCUGAUGAAUCUCAAAAGUUAACACCAUUUGUUUACAAAGAGCUACAUGAACGUUACGAGAAGGCAUGUACAUUUGACGUUCAAGAACUGAACGGUGUUACUGGCGAGUUUGAGGUGCGGGAUGAUAAGGGUAGAAGACACUUGGUUAAUCUUGGAGAAAGAACAUGUGGUUGCAAAAUGUUUGAUGUGGAUAGGUAUCCUUGUAGUCAUGCAAUUGCAGCAGCACAUAUGAUCGGAAAAGGCGAUAUGAUAUACGAACUUUGUUCUGAAUACUACAGGCGAGAUACAUGGCGUAUGGCUUACCAAGAGACUGUGUACCCGGUUCCUGAUUGUUGUGAUUGGAAAUUGCCAUCUUCCAUUGCAGAUGUAGUGGUAUUGCCGCCUAUAGUGGAAGAAAAACGGAAUUGA